GAAUAUGCAAAUGUAAGAUCAAAAUGGAUAUGUGCACGUCGCGUCGAUAACGACGAUCCACAUACGUCUCUCGAUCACCUUUCAUUCAGACUUCUUACUUCGAUAGCUGUGGGAUGGCGCUACACCGUUCGUUUAACGAUCGUUUGCUACACGUUACAUAGUUUCUGCUACACACAUGGUACGCAUGCUGCACGGUGGCGGUAAACAGGAUAGAUCGCAAUUGAUUCAUCGGUGUUUUACUGGUCAUUAUACAUUGAUUUGUCGCGGUAAGAUGGAAUCGGAAGAAACAAGCAGGCCCGAGUGUGUCGGCGACUCGUUAGAUUUCUCGAAGUACGCAUUCGGCAAAUUUCAAGAAACCACCAAUUGGGUAGAAUGCGAAUCGAGAAGUUAUCCGAAUCGAACGUAUUUUUUUAACUUGAGGUCACUUUGUUCCACUUGGACGAGACCGGUGUCGCGUCAUAUCAAGCUUCAACGUUUUCCCAAUGUUAAAUUACAAAAUCAGAUUGUCACAGACGACAUAGACAACCAACCUAUUAUGAUCGUAUCAUCGGAAAGCGAAGAUGACGGGAAAUCGAACUUUCGGAAAUCGAAGAAAGAGAUUUUUGCUUGGCUGUAUCACGGUGUUGAUAUACACGAUCGGAUCAACGACGAUCAAACUAAUUGUACAAACAGUUUGGUCCCAGAUACCAUGAACGAACAAGAUUCACUUUUGGCCAAUGAAUCAGCAUUCUAUGAAAUUGGGUACCAUUUCGUAGCGAGCAACGACUGCGACAAAAUUCAAAUAUCCAAGGCUGCACUGGAGGAUGUCACAAACACGUUAGAUUUCCUCGAAGUGAAUUUUUCUACUUCGGACAAUGCGACAGAGAUCGUGGGAAACAAUCGACAACCUACAGCAGACGACAACAACGAUGACUCUUCGAUCGUCGAGAAAUGCAUCGCGUACUCCACCUCUUCGUCCGAAGGUUGCGGAUCCAGGGAACUCGUUGAGAACUAUUAUGCUCCUCGCUUGCAAAAAAUUAGAAGCAAACAUUUGUUGAAAGAGAAGCGUGGAACCAAAAGAAAAGGAGGGGUAUCGCAGGUGAAACGGAUCCGAAAGAAACCAAGGAAAAUCGUUUCCGGAAUGUGCGGCACGACAACGAUUAAUCGCGACCCUCUCGAACUGAAUAUGCCGCCUGACGUUAAGGUGACGAAUCUUAGCGACAGCAGCACAAGUACCUUCAUAUGUCGGAACGCGACACCCUCUGUUCCCGCUAAAACUCGGUUUCCCGACAUCGUUAUAGGCGAGGUCAACCUUUCGAGCGACUCGAGCUCUUCCUCCAGCUGCACUUCUUGCAGUUCGUGCUCUACGUCUUCCGAUUCGAGCGAAACUACGAGCGAAUCUACGAGCGGUAUUGUCUCGAAAACCAUCGAGAGAUGAAAAAUCUAAUUGUCCUUCUAUUUUAGAGAGAAUAGUUGGAAAGAACAUGAUUAUAUUUUAAUACAAAAACAACUUUGUACCUACUAAAAA